UGCCUCUCAUUGGGUGGCAGAGCUCUGUGCUGGUUGCCAGAGUCGGUCUUGGCGAAUGGUGUUGGGAAGCGGGCGUGGCGGUAGCCGGAAGGAGGCGUGCAGCAGCAGCAGCAGCAGCAGCAGGGGCCGGUGCCACGGCUGGUGGUGUCGCAAAUUUGGGACGUUGCUCGUUUCCUCUGGUCUUCCCGAAAGCAGCGUCGCCUCCCCCCAGCCGGUCCGGUGAGAGAUGCGUCCCGGCGGAGAUCUGUGAGAGCGUCACUGGGAGCGGCCGGAGACAUGGAGAACGAGUUCAAGAGCAUAGACGAUGAGAAUCGCUGGAGCCCGCUGUACGGAGAAAUAAGAUUUAAAUCACCUGUGUUACCUAAUAAGAUAGCAAAGAAUCCAGAAAACAAGAAUCGGAACAGAUACAGGGACGUUAACCCAUAUGACCAUAGUCGUGUCAAGCUUCAAAAUGUGGAAAAUGAUUACAUUAAUGCCAGUCUUGUUGUUGUUGAAGAAGCCCAAAGGAAUUAUAUUCUUACACAAGGCCCACUUACCAAUACCUGCUGUCAUUUCUGGUUAAUGGUUUGGCAGCAGAAAAGCAAAGCAAUUGUCAUGCUUAACCGAAUCAUAGAGAAGGAUGCGGUGAAAUGUGCACAGUACUGGCCCACUCCAGAGGAGGAAAUACUUCUCUUUAAGGAAACGGGACUGUGUGUGAAGCUUUUGUCGGAAGAUAUUAAGUCUAACUACACAGUUCGGGUGUUAAAGUUACAGAAUAUCAAUACCACAGAAACCAGAGAAAUUAUCCAUUUCCAUUAUACCACGUGGCCAGAUUUUGGAGUUCCAGAAUCCCCGGGCUCAUUCCUAGACUUCUUAUUUGAAGUACGCAAGUCUGGUUCCCUUGAUCCUGAGUAUGGGCCCUCCGUUGUACAUUGCAGUGCGGGAAUUGGACGCUCUGGGACAUUUUCCUUGGUGGACACCUGUCUUAUCCUGAUUGAAAAGAGAGAUGAUCCUUCGACAGUAGACAUUAAACAAGUGUUAUUGGAUAUGAGACAAUACCGAAUGGGACUAAUUCAAACACCAGGGCAACUGAGAUUCUCCUACAUGGCUGUAAUUGAGGGGUCAAAGUCUAUAAUAAGAGACUCUAGUCUACAGAAUCAAUGUAAGGGACUUUCCAAAGAUGAUCAGUCUCCCAAAAUAGACCACAAACAGACUGGUGAAAGGUAUAAUGGCAAUAGACUCUCUACAGAAGAACAAGAGCAAAAUGAGAAAAAUUCAGAAUUCAAUAAUAAACCACAAGAAGCAGAUGGAGAAACGCAAAGUGCACUUCGGAAAAGGGACCGAGAUUUUAGAAAAGCCAACACUGCACAUAAAGUAGAACAGAUGAAGCAAAAGAUGAAUGAAGUGGAACGGAAAAGAAAAAGGCCAAGGCUCCUCGACACCUAAACCUCCACGGCUUGUGACUAUUCUACAGCAAUUAUACUACGAAACCAUUGACAUGCAAAGCAAGACAUGAAACCCUCAUCAGGAGCAAAUGUGAGGUUUAUUAAUGAAAUUACCUCAUUGUGAUAUCUGUUUACCACGUAAACUGCUCCGCGCAGGGGGUGAAGAACAUCACCAGCAUGAAUCUUUGCAGAACAAGUUCACUUCAUGUUUUGUCGGGUGUUUUCUAAUGCAUGUACUUUAGAAAUAUAUGUAAGAUACAUUAGAGGAGUACUUUGUAUCAUUCUGCCAUUCACAUUGUAUUUUUAUACUUUUUUUGGCAGCAUUAAAUAUUUUUUUUUUUAAA